AAUGGCAGGUGAAGACUGAUCUCUGCUGUUGGUGGCAUGGGAGCUGAAAGCAAUGAAAGUCUUGACCUCCUAUCUGUCUUCCUGACUGGCAUCCCAGGACUGGAGGCCCAACAUGGUUGGCUCUCCAUCCCUUCCUUCACCAUGUACAUUGUGGCCAUUGGGGGAAACAUCCUAAUUAUGGCAGCAGUGCAGGAGGACUCUGCCCUACAUGAGCCCAUGUACCUAUUUCUCUCCAUGUUGGCUGUCACUGAGGUGGGCGUCUCUGUGUCUACACUGCCUACUGUUACGGGCAAUCUUUGGUUUGAUGCCCACAGAGUUGACUUUGAUGGCUGCCUGGCCCAGAUGUUGUUCAUUCACACCUUCUCCUGCAUGGAGUCAGGGGUCCUACUAGCCAUGAGCUAUGACCGCUUUGUAGCCAUCUACAACCCCCUGCGCUAUACAGCCAUCCUGACCCUGCCCCGUAUUAUCUGCAUGGGUCUGGGCAUUACACUGAAGAGUGUGGCACUCAUGGCCCCACUUCCAAUCCUUUUGAGGCAACUGCCCUAUUGCCACACUAAUGUCCUCUCACACUCCUACUGCCUCCACUCAGAUCUGAUCCAGCUGCCUUGUGCAGAUACUAAACUCAACAGCAUCCUGGGCUUAGCCAUUGUUCUCGCAACUUUCAGGCUGGACUCAUUGCUUAUCGUGGUCUCUUAUGUCUUGAUUCUUUAUACAGUGAUGGGCAUUGCUUCUGGAGAGGGACGGUGGAAGGCUCUCAACACAUGUGUGUCACAUAUUUGUGCAGUGCUUAUAUAUUAUGUGCCCAUGAUUGGGGUGUCUGUGAUGCAUCGUGCUGCCAAACAUGCUUCACCCAUUGUCCACACACUUAUGUCUAGCAUCUACCUUUUUGUGCCACCUGUACUUAAUCCCAUCAUCUAUAGUGUUAACACCCAGCCAAUAAGACAGAGAAUUCUCACCUUGUUUUCCUGCAAGAGGGAAUUGCUCUGA